AUGACCGAUUGCCUGGCAAGGCAAGCAAACACAACAAUUUUUUCUAUAAAAAUCUUUAAACUACAAUUUAAAUAAUGGCUUUGGUUGCGUACGAUUACAGUGACUCUAGUGAUGCUGAAAAUGAAGAUGAAAAUCCAACAACUGUCGCUGUAUUGCCUACCAAGAUAGAAGAAGCACAAACAAUACACAAACCAGAUUUACAAAGUACUAAACCUGAAGCAGAGAACGUCAAAUCAGAAACACCAAGUAAUUUAGCAAGUGCAGAAUCCAACAACAGUUACAGUCAAAGUCUGUUCAAUCUUCUGCCACAACCAUCAACGAAGAAACCAUCAGUUGAAGAGGAUGACGAUGAGUUUCUGCACAAGAAAGAAAGUUCCAGCAGUAUGGUUAAACCCAAGGCCAAGAUUACAGUCCCUUCUCUAAGUGAUUUCAAAGAUGUGGAACCUAGUAUACCAAGUAACAAACCGAAAAUCUCAAAUGGGAAAAAAUCAGGAUUGUUAAGUAUAUUGCCUCAACCCAGAAAUGCUGUUUCAAGUUCAACUACAAAAUCUUUUGUACCUCAUGUACUCACUCAGAAGCCAACUGCCACAGCUAAGAAAAAGCCAUUACCAUCGCCCAUGAAAAAGGCAAAAAGUCAAGUUAAUACUUUGGCUCAAGACUAUUCUGAUGAUAGUGAUGAUGAAGAGAUGCAGAAUGACUUCUUUUCUAUCAACAGAGUUGAUGAUACACCCAUUGAGGACAUACCACUGGACAUAGAUACUAAAGCAACAGAAGUUAUUGUGAAAAAUACAAAAACUGAAAAAGAACCUCGAGGUUUACAAUCAUAUUUCAAACAGGAUAUUCCUGAAAAUCCUGCUGAAUCAUUGCAUGAGCAAGAAGGUAGUGAUGCUCAAUAUGACUACCCUAACAGUUCUACAUCAGGGUAUGAAAAUGAGUAUGUAAAUGGAGCUAGUACCAGUAAUGAAGCAGUACUUGAUGAUGAAGCUAUACUGAAACUAUGUGGAACUCGGGGUAAGAGAAAGAGAGAAGAAAUCCAAAUUGUGGAUGUGAAUCAGAAAGAGGUGCUGGCAGACGCCCGGGAGUGGCUCCUCAAGGGGCUCAUGGAUGACACCACCAAGAGAGUCUCGGCCAGCAAGAGAAGGGGAGACGAACCCACCAGUCAGCAGAGGAGGAAGCAUCAAAUCACAUACUUAGCCCACCAGGCAAAGGCAAAUGAAGCUGAACUACAGAAUCAAUGGGCUAAUAACAGAAUGACCAAGAGACAAACUCAGUCAAAGUAUGGUUUCUAGUUGUUAAGAUUAAUUACUUGUAAAUAGUCUAAAAAUAAAACAAAAUUGUUAUUUAAAA